AGGGGAAAUAAAAAUUGUAACAAUUAGAAAAGCAUUGAAAGAAAUAAGACGAUUCCUAGAGAAGGAAGAAGGAGCGCCCGUAGUGACGUUCGAGUGUCGUUUCUUUCUCUCUUCAUUUCCCAUGGUGAAAUACGCGUUCUUCAUCAAACGACGAGAGACUCUUCUUCUUCUUCUUCUCUCUCAUUUCAUUCAACGCUGUACUUAUAAUUCUACUUGCUAUUUCACUUCACGAAAGUAAGAGAUUAAAACUUUGAUCGUGAUCUUUCUGUUUCUUUGUUUUUCUUAUCUAUCUAUCUAUCUCUUAAAAGAAAAAAAAGAAAAACGAAAGAGAGAGAUAGAGAUAGGGAGAAACUAACACCGAUUUAAGAUCGAUCAUUUUUUCGUCUCAUCAUCGAUCACGCGUGUGUUAAACAACAGCAAUACAGCAGGGAGGAGUAGAAGUAGUAAUAGUAGUAACAGUACAGUAACAACACACUGAUAUCAACAGUAACACCACCACCACUAACAGUAGUAACAGUACAGUAACAGCAGCUCCACGCAUUUGCUAGAAAGAGAGAGAUAGAGAGUGUAAGAGAGGGGGAGAGACAGAAGGAGAAAGAGAAGGAGAAAGAUAGUGGUGGGGGGAGAGAAAGAGAGACGGCACGCGCGCACUCACGUACAACGCGCGAACGAGAGCCCUCGUUGGUCCGUGCCCUCCGAUAGUGCUGGGAGUGUCUCUUCUGCUUCUCUCAAACCCAAUAUCAUAAUAGUCAAAGAGAGGAAACAAGGGAGAAGUCGAAGAAGGAUAAGAAUAAUAAGUGCCAACAUUAAUAUACCAGCACGGAGUGUGACAUGAGAGAAAAGUCAUCGUAAAUGUAAAAUUCCUAUUAUUGACAAUAAAAAGAAAUUGAAAAAAAAAAGAAAUAAGAGUGGGAGAUAAAAAGAUAUCGUGCGUGAGUGCAACUACGACUAGCAGCAGCAGCAGCAGCAGCAGUAACAGUAACAACACAACAACAUCACACAUCACCAAUAACGAAAUACGACGAUAGUUUCUUCUUUCUCUCUUAAUCCAUAUAUAUAUAUAUAUAUGUAUAUGUAUAUGUAUAUUUGAUACGGAAGAAUCCUGCUUCUUUCUUCCGGUGUGUAUACGCUCGUGUGUGUCUCCUCGUCCCUUUUUUCUCGGCUUUGCGGCUCCAAGUGGAAAAGAGAAAGAAAUAGAAAUAGAGAGAGAGAGAGAGAGGAUAAAGGUUAGGUUAGAGCCGGCUUAAUCCGUCUGUCUCUUACUGAUUCACUCACGUUUACGUUUACGUUUAGGUUUACAUUUACGUUUACGUUUACGUUUACGUUUACGUUUACGUUUACAUUCAAGUAUACGUAUGGUAGAUAUCUCCCUCUUCGUUUUCAACGUUGACGAAUAUAUUCUAUCUCUUUUCUUCUAUCUUAUUAUACGAGUGUGUGCACGCGCGCUUGCGUGAGGCGGCAAAUACAACACACGAAGAAGAAGACGAAGAGGAAAAGGAAAAGGAAAACUGAAGGAAGAAGAACGAAAGAAGAAAAAAGAAAGAAAGGAAAGGAAGGAAGGAAGGAGACACGAAUGCCGAUCGCCGGUAGAGUUCUGGUUGCUGGAACCGCGGCCCAUUGCCUGUCUUCCGCCGUUGGCAUGCUUCGAUUCCUCGCCAGACUUUCAGAUGCCUGUUCGUCGCGGUCAACACCAAAGCCACGACCACCAACGCCGACACCUCGGCCAAAUAUUACAUUCCACAUGUAUACGUGUCCUCCGGAUUAUGCGCAAUGGUACUGCCUAAAUGGUGCCACGUGUUUUACGGUCAAAAUCGUCGAUUCCCUCCUCUAUAAUUGCUUAUGUGCUAAUGGUUAUAUCGGGCAGAGAUGCGAAUUUAAAGACUUAGAUGGUUCCUAUUUACCUUCUCGUCAACGUGUAAUGUUGGAGACAGCAAGUAUCGCAAGUGGUGCGACGAUAGCAGUCUUUCUUGUCGUAAUCAUUUGCAUAGCAGCUUACAUCCAUUGUAAGAAAAAGCAGAAGGAACUGCGAACAAGUAACUGCUUCGACACGGUGGAUGGACCCGGUCGAGAUCCGGAGCGGAGGCCGUUUAGCAACCAAGGCCGCUCCCUUAUGAUCUACAUGGCUAAGAAUCCUCCCAAUAACUCGGCAACGAUAGAGCAAACAAAAAUGCCUGAAUGGAACCGAGUAGAAACAAUGGAAACGACGAGAAUGGCAUCAAUAAGCGAGUGCAAACGUUCGAGUCAAUAGCCAAGAUCAAAUUCGUGUCGGCAAAAGAAGAAAAAGAUUUCUAAUGAUAAAUCAAGAAAGAUUUACUGCCGAUACGUUGUUAACAAUCAUCAACAACUACAACUAAAAGAUCCAAAUUCGGACAAUAUUAUCAAUUGUUGUUCUUCUUCUUGUCGUUGUUUAAUUAACGAAACUCGACAAAAACGAAUAACAGAAUCGUCCAAAAAAAAA